AUGGUCAGAAUCAACGCUUUGUGCUCCAAUAAAUACUGGGCUCUCUAUGCCCUUGCGGCCCAUAUGGCUCAAACAGCCACAGUCAACGCAGUUUCCGUCCAAUACCGGGCGCAGUCACUUGUUCCACAGAUUGCGGGUGCCGAAGAGGGGCAGCACGCUUUCGUUCCGGCGCAAAGCGUGCUCUCGAAACGCGAAACAGAGCAGGAACUUGAGGUGGAGGCCGAGGAGUUCGAGGAAGAGGAAGUUGCCACCGAGGAGUACGUUGAUGAGGAAGACAUUGAGACUGUGAGUGAGUCUGUUGAGGCUCCAGAAGCCGAGGCGCUCGAGCAAGAAGAAGAGGCCGCAUCCUCGGGUUCUAGCACGGAAGACGUUAAGGACAUGAUCGACUUGUAUGUUACCAUGGGGAAGGAGAAGUUUGCAGGGUUCCUUGCCACCUGUUCGCCAAACCACUUUAGAGAGGCGGUCAAGGCGUUGACCGCCGAUGCCACGUCGAAAAAGGAGGUUGGUAGCAUGGGACGUUUGAGUAGAUUUUUGGAGACUACCGACGAUUACCUCAAACACAACGCUGCCACCGAUCUGUUCAGAAACACCUUCAAAGGUAAAGAGGACGUUGAGAAAUUCAGACAAUUAGAGAAAGCCGACAGCUACUGUGCGAUGAACGAGGAGGAGUGCAACGAGGAGAUCCAGUUCCAGCAACAGAACGUUGAGAACUCAUCGUUUGCUAACGAGUACAAGUCGCAAGCCAGAAGAAGAUCCAAGUUGAUCCAACUGCUGUUGAAAGACGCUGAAGAAGGAAAAGAUAUGCCGGUGACCGCUGCCGAAUUCCAAUAUAGAGAAGGAAACAUCUUCCUUGAUCAGGACGAUAACGAGUACCGCGAUCUUUCUGACGAGUGUGAGAGCGAUGCCAGCCACUUGCACUCCAGAUUAUCAACACUUGUUGCAUUCUUCAUGGUGGUGCUACUUAUUUAA